UUCGCAGCUCAGCUCUUUACACAGUUCACACUUGACAGUGAUUCGCAGUGGUUUAUUUGCAUUAGUUUCAAGUAUUAUAGCUAUAUUCUUCUUGCCCAGUUCUUUUUUUUACCCUUUUUCUCAAUUAUCAACUUUGGUUAUUUUUCCAGCUGCUUCGCUAUAAUUCAGAAAUUUAAUUUAAAAAAAAAUAUAAAAAAACAAGAUGUCGCAUUACGGAUUACAAACAGACAAUGAAGGUUAUGUCAUUGUUUAUACGGAUGGUUGUUGCACCAAUAAUGGUUAUUCAGGCGCUCGAGCUGGUAUUGGCGUAUUUUUUUCUGACGGAAAUCAUCUUAAUGUAUCUGAACCAUUAAUUGGAAGGGCAACCAAUCAGCGGGCAGAAUUACACGCUGUUAUCGCGGCAUGUAAACAGGCACUGGGUGCUGGUAUCCGAAAAUUACAGAUAAACACUGAUUCUCAUUAUACCAUGAAUUGUGCAACAAAAUGGGUAAAUGAUUGGCUCAACAAUGGCUGGAUAAAUGCAAGGGGAAACCCUGUGUCUAAUAAAAGCGAUAUACAGGAGAUGCUGUCAUUGGUUGAUCAACUUCGGGUUAAAUGGAUUACAGUUCCAGCGCAUAGCGGUAUUUAUGGAAAUGUGCAAGCAGAUAGAUUGGCUAACCAAGGAGCAGCGAAAUAUUGAACAUUUUAUUUUUCCAAGAUAUAUUCUAAAUGUAUCUUUAAAAACUUAUCUUCUUUUUAUUAAUUUGUAAUCAUUUUCUAAAAUAUAUAAUGUAUUUUAUUAAGUA